AAUAUACCUGAAAUUGCAUGGGAAUUCCGUCGUUACUCGCCUUACCUGAUAAAAGAGAUUAUAGGUCGCAUGUCGCUGCUAACACUGAAAAUUUAUCAUCUCACUCUCACAUAUGUUAGGUCCAUUAGUUUGACACCUAUUACCCCGGGUAUACACCUGUCAAAGUAAUGGAAUUCAAUAUGCUAGAGCGAGACCCCAUGUUUCAGUCCGUGAAUGCAUGGAGACAGUAGCGCUUUGCUCCCUCUAGUAGUUAUAAUCUCUUUUUACCUGAUGGAUUGGAAUAAGAUCGAUUUUUUGGAAUAUAAAGAUCGAUUUUGAAAACAUCGCAUCGAUAUCGCCCAUUCCUAGAGACAAAUCCUUCUGGCGGUGACGACUUUCCAAAUGUGCAUUCUGCGUAGACUUCAUUUUGUGAACCGUCAGCUCGCUUUAUUGAAGCGCUUUUUAUUUAAAUAAUUAAAUUUGUUUUACGCCACGCAGCGGAAUUAAAUACAGUGUUCAGUGUCGGUGGUGUUGAAGAAAAUUGUCGGUGUUGUUAAAGAUAACUAUCGUUUAGAUCAUCAGCGAAUUACAGUGUGUACAAUGGAUGCAGUCUUCGAGGAUUUUAUAUCUGAAGAAAUCGCCUUGGAUGAAGACUGUACAGAGCAAUCACUAGUGGACACUCUUCUUCAAAACAAUGGAUUAGAAUGUUUAAUCCCCAGUGUGCACGAGCAAGAACUGGAUGAUGUGGAUUUGUUCGUUCGACUAACGGAGAGAGAGAUGGAGAUUUUAACUGCUGGAUAUACAUUGGGUGUGAAAGUUCGUCUACGAUUGUGCAUUGAGGCGGAACAAGCAUCACGAGGGAUCGCGCAGUUGGCCACGAAGGAGGAAAGAGGCAAACGAAAUUCGUCCAAACGAUCUAUUGACACAGUAUUGAUUCCCGACGCUUCCAAAUUGGUAACAAAAAUAAUUACCUAGCUACACAAUACAAUUUCGUUCUGCGUCUGGUAUAGUGUGAUUGUUCUUUGUGUAUGGUGUUAAUUC